GAGAGGUUUCGAAACUCUCUGUGGCAGUGUGUAUCGCCUCCUUGGAUUGUUGGAGCUCUCCUCCGUCAUCAUCAGUUUCUCUGAAUCGACACACUCUCUCGUAUGGUUUUAAUGGAUGCUCCUCAGAGUAAGUCGAGAGACCUCGACAAGCUUCUUCUCAGAUCUGGAAAUCUCGUCGGCCCCGGCUUCUUCCCCGGAACCGAUCUGAGAGACGAUAUACGAGAAUAUGUGAGAGUCUUGGUGGUUGGUGCGGGUGGAUUGGGUUGUGAGCUCCUCAAGGACUUGGCUCUUUCCGGUUUUCGUAAUUUGGAUGUGAUUGACAUGGAUCGAAUCGAGGUCACCAAUCUCAAUCGCCAGUUCCUCUUCAGACUUGAGGAUGUAGGAAAGCCUAAGGCAGAGGUAGCAGCAAAGCGUGUGAUGGAGAGAGUGAGUGGGGUGGAGAUUAAGCCUCAUUUUUCGCGUAUAGAAGACAAAGAGCUUGACUUUUAUAACGAUUUUAAUAUCAUUGCUCUUGGUCUUGACUCCAUCGAAGCUCGGAGAUACAUCAAUGGUGUAGCUUGUGGCUUUCUUGAGUAUGAUGAGGAUGAUAACCCGAGGAGUGAAACAAUUAAGCCGAUGGUUGAUGGAGGAACCGAAGGUUUCAAGGGUCAUGCUAGAGUUAUCGUCCCUGGUGUUACACCCUGCUUUGAGUGCACGAUUUGGCUUUUCCCACCUCAAGUGAAGUUUCCUUUGUGCACUCUCGCAGAAACCCCUAGGAAUGCAGCUCAUUGCAUUGAGUAUGCUCAUCUCAUUAAGUGGCAUGAGGUUCAUGGUGGAAAAUCAUUUGAUCCUGAUGAGCCGGAACAUAUGAAGUGGGUCUAUGAUGAGGCUAUCAAGAGAGCCGAGCUUUUUGGAAUUCCUGGUGUCACAUACUCUCUCACACAAGGUGUGGUUAAAAACAUCAUACCGGCGAUUGCAUCCACCAACGCGAUUAUAUCCGCAGCUUGUGCACUUGAAACCUUGAAGAUUGUAUCUGGAUGUAGCAAAACACUUGCAAAUUAUCUUACGUAUAAUGGUGGAGAGGGUCUCCACACUAAAGUGACUGAAUUUGAGAGAGACAAGGAGUGUCUUGUAUGUGGUCCGGGUAUUCUGAUUGAGCUGGACACCUCAAUUACUUUGCAAAAGUUCAUUGACAUGCUUGAAGAGCAUCCCAAGCUUCUAUUGUCGAAUGCAAGUGUCAAACACGGCAAAGACAGCCUCUACAUGCAGGCGCCUCCUGUUCUAGAAGAAAUGCACAGACCAAACCUAAGCAAGCCGCUCUAUGAUCUCAUGGGAAGAGUCGAGAAGGACACUGUUCAUGUGUUUGGCACAGCCCUCAAGAACGAAGAGAAACAGUCGAGCUUAACGAAGCUAAGGGUUGUUUUCAAAGAAGUUGAUGGUGUUGCAGACAUGGAUACAGCCAUUUUGAGAGUGAACUCUAAGAGAAAAACACCCCUUUGAUCGCAGCAAGAUCCAUUAAGAUAAUUGGGAAGCUUGACAUUUGUUCCGUUUUCAUUAUUGGUCGUUCUUUUUUUUUUGGUUCCGUAGUUAAUAGCUGUGACAGCAAAUCCUAAGAGCCUGAAACAGAUGGGUUUAUAUGAUUAUUCUUAACCUCCAAGAUGUGUGUGUAUCUGUGACACGAAAUAACAUAGAGCCUGAAACAAGCUCUGAUCUUAUGCUUUA